CAUGUACAGACGGACGAGUACAAACAGUCUUUCAGACAUAAGUCGUCACUAAUGUUUACUUACAAUUUGCACACAUUUUGUACAUGUUGUUGAUCAAACGGAGCGUUUCAGACGUAAGUCGUCAUGAAUGUCUACUGCCAGUCUGCCAACUUACCUACUUUGUUUUUGUACAUAAAACACGUCCUGACUAACUCAAUCGUAACAGCAGGGCUAGACUUUUCUAGGGUUUGAUUUCUGGGUGUACUGUGUAACAGUAGUGUUACGUAUGCGUUGAGCUUUUACUUUAACCUUGGGACAUCUGUAAGUCAUUGAUGGCAACUUCAGACACAGCGAAGACGGACCCUCCAAACCAGUUGCUACAUCCAUUUUGGGACUAUAUUAGUGAUGAAUGAUACCGGUUAGUCUACCAUGGCCUUUAAGCCCCAUCCUCCUUUGAUGAAGAAACACAGUCAGUCAGACCUGGUGAGCCGGCUGAAGACCAGGAAGAUACUUGGGGUCGGAGGAGAGGACGACGAUGGAGAGGUGCAUAGGUCAAAGCUCAGUCAGAUGUUGGGGAAUGACAUCAAAUAUCAGGUGCGAGAGCCUGUUGGACUGAGGGUCUGGAUCCUCAUCUCUGCAGUAACCUUCACAGUCAUGGCCUUGAUGGCCCUGGUGUUGCCCAACCAGCUGUAUGAGGUGGUGUUUGAAGAGGAGAUCAACAACACCAGUGUCUCCAUUCGACUCUAUGGGGGAGCACUGCUCAGUCUGUCCCUCAUCUUGUGGAAUGGUAUCUAUACACAAGAGAAGAUCAUCAUCCAGUGGACUCUGCUCAGUGAAGCAUGCUACUUUGCCAUCCAGUUUUUAGUGACGUCAGUCACCUUAGUGGAGAUAGGCUCAUUGCCCAACGCUGCCAUACUCCUCCUCCUCAGCCGAGUACUCUUCCUCCUGGUCACUCUGCUCUACUACUACCACCUGGGCAAAGGACGACCCAAGAAGAUCUGAUGGCGCCCCCUACAGGGCUGAGAGUGGACAGUUGCUUCCGGAUGUGGGCUCAGAGGGAGGUGGGGUGUAUUGAAUGAGGUGAAAGUGUAGAAAUGUAAUGUGCAGUGGUGGAAAAGUACUACAUUUACAUACUUGAGUAAAAGUAAAGAUACAUUAAUAGAAAAUGACUCAAAUG